AUGUUGCACAAAAAAGUCGCAUUUGAAGGUUUAAAUUCGUGUUUUAAUACUUGGUUGAGAGAAUAUAGAUAUCCAGAUGGUUGGAAAAUAGCCAAGUUCGUUAUACUAAAUAAAUUAAAAGCAGGAACACCUACAUGUGAUCAGAUUCGGCCGAUAUCCUUGUUAGCUACACAUUCAAAAAUUUUUGAGAAGAUCGUUUUAGAAAGAGUGAAAAAUUGGGCAGAUGCAAAUCACAUUAUUCCGGACGAACAAUCAGGUUUUAGGCCGAACUGUUUACUGCCUACUCGAGUAUUAUCAAUAUUUCAAGAAGUCGAGAAUAAUUUCGCUGCUAAUAUUCCCACGUUAGCUAUAUACGUGGAUUAUCAAAAAGCCUAUGACAAUGUAUGGCAUAUGGCUCUUAUUGUAAAACUAUUUAGGUUAGAAAUGCCUUUAGGGCUGUUAGAAAUUGUUCAUUCCUGGUUAAGCGAUAGAAAAGCGGAUGUUAUCGUAGGCGACAUGAGAUCUAAGGCUUUUCAUUUAUACACAGGGUUGCCACAGGGCAGUAGUUUGAGUCCGUUUCUAUUCAUUGUUUUUCAUAGCGAUUUGAUCUCUUGUAUAGGCGCGCAUGCAAGACAUGUUUUUGCCGAUGAUCUGAAUGUCUUAAUAACUCCACCGACAAAUAAGAAAUUAAAACCAAUGUUAGAAUAUUUAGAAAAAGAAGGAACAAAAGUGUGUAAUGAGUUAGCGCACUAUUCCAAACGUUGGAAACAGCCAAUAAAUGUCGCAAAAACAGUAAUACAACUUUUCAUACACAGGUCACACGUCCUCACAUAA